AUGAAGGGGGAGAUUGCCUUUGAUUCCCAGCCUGGCUGUGGCUCCACUGUGGCAUUUUCCGUGCCCGUGGCCGUUCCCUCGAUACAAGAACACUCCUCGCUACAAGAACACUGCUCAUAUGAGGAAGCAGAAGUGUUGGAAUCGCAAGACUUGCAGAGUCAGCAGCAGCAAGGGGGGGCGUCAUGGUUCUGGGAGGAGGCACUUGAGUUGAUUGCUGCUGACCUUGUCUCCACCACCUCCCGAGGAGAGGAGGCGCUUGGCGGGUUAGUUAGAGCAGGUGCUCGGGGGGCUGGUGAGAUGGGUGAGAGUAGCGGCAAGGAGAUAGCGGCUGGGGAGCUGGUUGGGAGCAGUGCGGAUAGUAGGGAGGGGUUUGGCGCAAGUGGAGCAAGGGGAGCUAGUGAGAGAGGAGGUGAUGCACGAGGAGUGGAUGGGAGAGGCGGGGACGGAAGAGGAGGGAAUGAAGGAGGCCGUGCAUCAUUGCAGCAUGGCUUCGACUUGGUUCUCAUGGACCUGCAGAUGCCGGGCAUGGACGGGUUCGCAGCAACAGAGGCGAUCCGUGCAUACGAGAGAAAGCUUAUGCUGGGCAUGGCACAAGAGGCACAGCAGGGAAGAGAGCAGGGGAGGGAGGAGGAAAGGGAGCAGCAAGGAGCAUUGGCUUCAGAGGGAAGUAUGGGAGGGCAACAGGGAAGCGUGCAGCAGGGAAGCAUACAGCAGGGGGACAUAUGGGAGAGCGCAGGGGGGAGAGCAGCAGUGGCGGGAGAGAUGCACAGGCGGGGCAUGAGCUGUGGAGGAGACUGGGGGAGGGGAGAGAGAUUUGUGCACAGGGAAAUGGGAGGACAAGGAGGGCAGAUUGAGGGAGCUUCUAGGGCUGGUUCGUCUGCUCUGCAAGCCUCUCACCUAGAAGCUGCUAACGCUGCUGCUGCUGCUGCUGCUGCUGCUGCUGCUGCUGCUGCUGCUGCUGCUGCUGCUGCUGCUGCUGCUGCUGCUGCUGCUGCUGCUGCUGCUGCUGCUGCUGCUGCUGCUGCUGCUGCUGCUGCUGCUGCUGCUGCUGCUGCUGUUGCUGCUGCUGCUGCUGCUGCUGCUGCUGCUGCUGCUGCUGCUGCUGCUGCUGCUGCUGCUGCUGCUGCUGCUGCUGCUGCUGCUGCUGCUGCUGCUGCUGCUGCUUCUUUGAGUGCCCAGGCUGUCUCCCUGCGGGUGCCCAUAGUGGCUCUGACGGCAGACGUGGAUCGUGGAGUGGUGCAGAGGUGUGCAGAGGGGGGAUUUGACGGUGUGCUGCAGAAGCCAGUGGAUGCCCACCUGCUCGCCGCCCACCUCUCCCAAAUGUGCUUCCACCGCUCCCUCGGGCGAUAG